AGUGCAUGCUGGGGAGUGUGGUUCGCUGGGGCCAGGGGCUCUGUGCUAGUCGGCGGAGCUGCUUCCGAGGAACCACCGCCUGGGCGGGAAGCGUCUGUUUAGUUCGCACACCGGCGGUUAAGCUUGGGGGCCUCAGAGGUUGCAGUCUGGAGGGGCCCAGCAGCUCCCGGGGUUGAUUUUCCUGAACACUGCAAGCACGUGAAGGUAGCUGGAGUUCCCUAACAAUGGAUAAAUUCGUCAUUCGAACGCCUAGAAUCCAGAAUAGCCCUCAGAAGAAAGAUACUGGAGAAAAGAUUUACAAGCAGGCCACGAUUGAAUCUCUGAAGAGAGUUGUGGUUAUAGAAGACCUAAAAAGAUGGAAAGCUAUGUUGGAGCUUCCUGAUCAAAGCAAAGAGAAUCUAGUGGAAGCCUUACGAGAAUUAAAGAAGAAAAUACCCUCCAGGGAAGUGUUAAAAUCAACAAGGAUAGGUCACACUGUGAACAAGAUGCGUAAACACUCGGAUGCAGAAGUGGCUUGUCUUGCCAGAGAAGUUUACACUGAAUGGAAAACUUUCAUUGAAAAACAUUUGGAUAGACCUUCUAUUGAAGUCCAAAGUGAUCCCAAAACGGAGUCAUUUAGGAAAAAUGCCCAGAAAUUACUCUCAGAAGCCUUGGAAUUAGAGAUGGAUCACCUACUGGUUGAAAAUAUUGAGCGGGAAACGUUUCAUCUCUGCUCCCGCCUCGUUAAUGGGCCGUACCGGCGGACGGUGAGAGCCCUGGUCUUCACAUUAAAGCACCGAGCUGAAAUCCGGGCUCAGGUGAAGAACGGCUCGUUGCCAGUCGGCACGUUUGUACAAACCUACAAAAAGUGACCUGAGGACGAUUCUAACCCUGGGACGGGCAGGGAAGAAAACAGGCCUCUCCACCAUUCAAAGACACUUUUGAGUUUGGGUGAUGGCUGGUGCCGGCUGUGCUAGAUUUUCCCCUGGUGCCAUUCCUUUGCAGACAGAGGAUGCAGAGAGCCCUGGGAGAUGGGCCUGCAGGAACGCGCUUCAUUAGCUAUAGCGCGCUGGUGCUGCCUAACAGGAUGCACACUGGCUGUCACUAGGAAGCACCAUACGGUUGCCAUCACCCAACACCGUGAAAGGGUGACGGAUUUCACUGUGAGUAUGCCAAGGACACCUCUAAACUUCCCCCACGUCAGGCAGAUGAAGUUACUACUUUAUUUCACCACCCCGCAGGUAACUGAAACUCAAUUACUGCUGCUGCUCACUCGGUUCCGUCCCCCUGAGUUUAGACAGCUCCGGUGCCUCUCAGAACUCCCCUGUCUGUUCUCUUUGCUCUACCCCAGGGGUGAGCCUGCCAGAGCCAGCCGACUACCCCUUCUUCCCAGAGCUCACUUAUCUGAACGUUUCCGCUUUCCCUGGAAGACCUUCUGCGUGGCCUCCAGAGCCCCCAUGCUGAGGCUUCUAAUGAGGAACUGGCCCAAAGCCUCCCACACCUCGGGGUUUAUUUGAAUAUGUUGGCUCUCUCAGUUUAGGGCUCUGCAGAAGAUACAUAAUGAAAUUUCUCUUGAAAUGAAUUACUACGGUAGAAAAAAAUACAUACAUACAUAUAUUUUAAAAUGAAAUAUCUCUAUACAGGCCUGCUUGAACAAUUAUGUAAAUGACAUUUGCUUUUUUAAA